UGAGUGACUCUUGAAGGGCUGACUCCAGUCUCCUUUCCUCCUCCCUCGCUUCCCUGCUUUCUCGCCUCCUGGAUUCAUUUGAGAGCAAAGUUGUGAAGCAGCCAGGCAGUCUGGCAGUGGGGGAUUCUCACCUGAGCUCUUCUGAGCAUGCAACUCCUUGGUCUUGUGUUUUAAGCAGAAAACAGCAACUUCAAGAAGGAAAGCUGGGAGCUGCCAACGGAGGGAGCGGAGGAAGGAGGACACGCCAAGUGCCUUCGGAGGGGAUGAGGUGGAUUUGGAUGCUAGGACUAUCUCUGCCUCAGGAGGACUGAGAUUGGCUCCCCUUGGCUCAUCUGGAAGGAAGAGAGGACAAGCUCCCAGGCCAGUGGUCACCACUACUGAAACCAACAGAGAGGGAAAGGAAUCAAAACUUGGGAAGAGAAGAGAAAAGAAACAGGGGGAAAGGGAGUUCCAGAGGCAGGAGAGAAGAGCUGAAAACCAUUAGGUCUCCUGCAAGGGGAGGCUGUAAAGGGGAGACACUGCACAGGAGACCCACACCGAAACCCUUGUUGGUGCAAAGUGCUGCAUGGGAAGGGGCUGGCCAUGGAGAAGUUGUCCCUGGAAGGGAACGACCUGUGGACUAUCAACGGCUCACUGAUCAACUCCAGCCUGAGCCUUGAGAACCGGACUUAUGGGGUCAACAGCACCACUGAUCCCCUGAAGAGGAAUGAGGACAUGGCCAAGGUGGAGGUGACGGUGCUCUGCCUCAUCCUCUUCCUCGCUCUGACGGGCAACCUGUGCGUGCUGCUGGCCAUCCACACCACCCGGCACAAGCACUCCCGCAUGUACUAUUUCAUGAAGCACCUGAGCAUCGCUGACCUAGUGGUGGCCAUUUUCCAGGUUCUGCCCCAACUCAUCUGGGACAUCACCUUCAGGUUCUAUGGGCCAGAUUUCCUCUGCCGGCUGGUCAAGUACCUGCAGGUGGUGGGGAUGUUUGCUUCCACCUAUAUGCUCCUGCUGAUGUCCUUCGACCGGUGCCUGGCCAUCUGUCAGCCCCUGAGGUCAUUGCACAGGAGGUCUGACCGGGUAUCUGUCCUCCUCACCUGGCUGCUAUGCCUGCUGGUCAGCAUCCCCCAGAUCAACAUAUUUUCCCUUCGGGACGUGGGCAAUGGGGUGUAUGACUGCUGGGCAGAUUUCAUCCAGCCCUGGGGAGCCAAAGCAUAUAUCACCUGGAUAACCCUGACUGUUUACAUUAUCCCUGUGCUGAUGCUGAGCGUCUGCUAUGGCUUGAUCAGCUUCAAAAUCUGGCAGAACGUGAAGCUAAAAACAGCCCAUGAGAACAACAUGAACCUGUCCUCCAGCGGUGCGGGCCUCUCCAGGGUCAGCAGCAUCAAGCUAAUUUCUAAAGCCAAGAUCCGGACAGUCAAAAUGACCUUCGUUAUAGUCUUAGCUUUCGUAGUGUGCUGGACUCCUUUUUUCUUUGUGCAGAUGUGGUCUGUGUGGGACAAGAAUGCUCCCAAAGAAGCAUCCCCAUUUAUCAUCGCCAUGCUCCUAGCAAGUUUAAACAGCUGUUGCAACCCGUGGAUCUACAUGCUUUUCACGGGCCAUCUCUUCCAUGACCUUAUACACCGGUUCCUCUGCUGCUCCACACGCUAUUUAAAAUCGAGGCAAGGAUGUGACCUGAGCGUCAGCAAAAAAAGCAACUCCUCCACAUUUGUCCUGAGUUGCAGGAGUUCAAGUCAGAAGAGCUUCACUCAGCCUUCCACAGCCUGAGAACUGUCCCAGCGCUCCACGGACUCCAUUACUACUUCACUCUGACCAUCUUUAAUACAUAUUUGUAAAAAAGCUGUGAUUCAGAAUAUGGUGGGGCGGGAUUUAUAUAUGUGUAUAUAUGUGUGUGUGUGUGUUGAAUUCUUUAUUUAACUGAGGCAGGAAUAAGAAAAGAACUGCUGUAGUCAAAAGCACAGUUUGGAAUGGAUCGCUUAACGGAGUUCAAUUCAACGGCUCAGAUCCUGAAUCCUUCACUCGUUCAAGUCAAUGGAGGUUUUGCAUAACGACUGAAUAAUAACUAUGGGGCUUGUCAUGAAAGCUGAGUAGACUUACUGAAGCUGAUGAGCCAAAUUCUAACCUGGUGUAAGUGGGUACAGCUCCACUGACUUUAAGGAGUUGCACCACAGGGAUGGCGCUGAGUAAAAGCUACCUGGGCUGUCCUUACUCAAGUAAGAAAGUAUUACUCAUGGAAGCAGUUCCAUUGAUUUCUGUUUGGCUCAAGGUUUGUUGAAGGCCUUCUAAUAUGUCCUUAUUCAGCAAUAAUGCUCCAUUGGCAUCAAGCGAGUUUUGACUGAGUAAGGAUUUUGGCCCUGAUCCUGAAACUAUGUAUGCACAUGAUUAGCUUGAAGCAUGUGAGUAAGUCCCAUUGGCUUCAGAGGGACCAUGCACAUGUUUCAGUUUAAGGAUGUGCAUAAAUGCCUAUGAGAUGAGGGUGCCGGUACAGUAACAUGUAUGCUGAUUGUGUUCAAAAGCUUUAAUUAAGGCAAAUACGUGGGGUGAAUUUCUGGCUCCAUUAAAGUCAAUGAUAAAACUUCAGUGGGGCCAGACUUUCAUUCUUUGGUUUACCAUAGGCCGUGAAGUAUUACACCAGUACAAUUUUCUUGCCAUGUAAUUCACGCGAUCUUGGUUAUGGCAUGGAGUAUUUGUUAAAAGAUUGGUUUUUUUGUAAAUUAAAUUUUAUAAAUUCAACUUGAAGAAAAGCGGGGAGCAGUGAGAGAAAAAAAAAAAAGCAUGUGAAGGAAACCUGGGAGGAAAAAAUGCUUCAUGCACAAAAUACAAGUAUAUCUAGAUUGUAUGGAAUGCUUUUGUUUCUAGACUAACGCACCAAACAUUUAUGACCUGUACAGCAUUGUAUUACGUAAACAUAAAGCUAGCACCACUGUGGUACCACUUUGGAAAAGUUAUGGCACGAUCCUGUUCCCGGUGAAGUCAGUGUGAAUUUCCCCGCUGAAUUCAAUGGCAGCAAGAUAAGCCAUGCCAGGCUGAGUGGGCAACUCUUUGCUCACGUUCAUUGUCCUUUCUCACACAAGUAGUUCCAAAAUCACUGGGACAUCAUGCAUGAGUUAGGACUGCAGAUGAAGGAGGGAUUUGACUGUAUUUUUGCAAGGGAUAUAAAUACUGCAUAUUUAUCAA